AAUCGGCAUUUCCUCCAAUGUCAAUUCUGGAAGUAUUGACGGAGUACCUGCUAGUUAGGGUGAACUCCAGAAUCGAAGACGGCGCCGACCGGAGAUCGUGGCGACUGGUGUGCAAGGAGUUCCUCCGGGUCGAUUUCGUGACCCGAAAAUCUCUCUGGGUCCUGCGGUCCGAGUUCAUCUUCUCUCUACUUCGGCGGUUCCCAAAUGUCGGCGCCCUGGAUCUCUCCGCCUGCCCGCGGGUCGACGACGGGAUGCUGACACUGCUGCUGGCUCGCGGUGCCGCUUCGACGACGGCGUCGCUUCGUUGGAACUUGAAGUCCCUGAAUCUGAGCAGGGCGACGAAGGGGAUGUCGUUUAAAGGCCUGGCGCUGAUUGCUUCGGCGUGUUCGCAGCUGGAGAAACUCGACGUUUCGUACAACUGCCAGCUUAGGGAUCGAGAGGCGGCGGCCAUUUCAGGGAUUGAAGGGUUGUGCCAGUCGAAUCCUAGCCAUGAAGAAAUGGAUGCCCGCAGAAAGACGAACCUCGUCGGGAGUGAAGAGCGAGAGCUGAGAGCCAGACUGACCGGCCAUUUCGUCAAUUCAGUUCGAGAGAUUCAUCGAUCGAGUCAGAGAUUUCGCAGCGGGAUCUCGGAGAAGAUUAGAAGCGGCGGCUGUGGCCUGUGGGGAGGAGUGGAGAAAGAUGCCAAGCAGGGAGACGAACAGAUUUGGUGAGGGAUGGUGAAGGAUGUCUCCUCUGCUGGGUUAGGUCGAACAGGUUUGCGGGAGGAGGUGGGAGGAAGGAGGAGAGCGGCGGCGCAGGUGGUUUUGGGGAAAUAAGGAGGUGGGGGGUGCCGAGGUGGGAGGAAGGAGGAAGAAGGGUUGGGUGGGGUUGGGUCAUGGGUUGGGUUGGUUUUGAUGACGUGGCGGGUUAUAAUGACGUGGCAGGUCGGGUUUAUUUUUGUUGGGUUAUAUCCGGCUGAUUAGGCAAUUCUGUUUGCCACAUUAGCACUUAACGGACUUCAUUAACGGAGUUGGACGGAGACUAACAGCGAGUGACUAAAUGUGUCCGGUUUUAGUAAUUGUAGUGACCAAAUUUGAUAUUAACUUUUUCUCGUGACUAAACAUGUCCCGAUUUU